UCCCACCUCCACAACUGAGGCGUUAAAUUCUGAAUAUCUGUUCACCGCUUUUGAUGUCAAGCCAGAAUCUGGAGGCAGAGCCAGACAAGACGCAAUGAAAGGGGACAAAGUAAAAGCAGGUCCUCCCAAUGGAGCAAAUAAGAACAUGUCCAGUCCUUCAGUUCAGGAUGACAAGAUGCAGGAGAGAGGCCAGUGGAGCAACAAGCUGGAGUUUCUGCUGUCGGUUGCUGGGUCCAUCAUUGGGCUGGGGAACAUGUGGCGCUUCCCUUAUCUGUGUUACAAGAAUGGUGGAGGUGCAUUUCUCAUUCCAUACCUGAUUUUCCUUUUCACCUGUGGAGUACCACUGUUUUUUCUGGAGAUUUCUCUCGGCCAGUUCACCAGUGAAGGGGGCAUCACCUGCUGGAGAAAGAUUAGCCCACUCUUUGAGGGUCUUGGUUAUGGUACACAGGUCAUUGUCUGCCUGUUGAACUUCUAUUACAUCAUUGUUUUGGCGUGGGGCAUUUUUUAUUUUUACUUUUCUUUCUCUUGGGAUCUACCAUGGGCCUCUUGUAACAACACCUGGAAUACUGAGACCUGUGUGGAGUUUCAAAGAAGAAACGAGUCUGUGAACAUCACCCUACAGGAAAAUGCUACCUCUCCUGUCAUGGAAUUCUGGGAGAGAAGGGUUUUGCGGCUUUCCCCAGGAAUUGACCAUAUGGGGUCAUUAAACUGGGAUCUGGCUCUCUGUUUACUUAUUGCUUGGGUCCUGUGUUACUUCUGCAUUUGGAAAGGAGUUAAGUCAACUGGAAAGGUUGUAUACUUCACUGCCACCUUUCCUUAUCUCAUGUUGAUCGUUCUACUAAUCCGAGGCGUUACUUUACCUGGAGCUUACCGGGGAAUUGAGUUCUACCUCUAUCCUGAUUUGGGACGUUUAGCAGAUCCACAGGUGUGGAUGGAUGCAGGCACCCAGAUCUUCUUCUCAUAUGCUAUUUGCAUUGGAUGCUUGACAGCACUAGGAAGUUACAAUAAAUACAACAAUAACUGCUACAGGGACUGUUUGGCCUUGUGCUUUCUCAACAGUGGAACAAGCUUUGUGGCUGGCUUUGCCAUUUUCUCCAUCUUGGGUUUCAUGUCUUAUGAGCAAAAUGUUCCCAUUUCCGAAGUUGCCGUAUCUGGCCCUGGGCUUGCCUUCAUUGCCUACCCACGUGCUGUAUCUAUGAUGCCAUUCUCUUCACUGUGGGCAUGCUGCUUUUUCAUCAUGAUUAUCUUUCUGGGGCUAGACAGCCAGUUUGUGUGUGUGGAGAGUCUGGUGACUGCUGUAGUUGAUAUGUAUCCAGCUGUGUUCCGGCAAAAAAACCGCAGGGAGGUCUUCCUUUUGGCCCUGUCAUUUAUGUCCUUCUUGGUAGGGCUGAUCAUGCUUAUGGAGGGUGGCAUGUAUGUCUUCCAGCUCUUUGAUUACUAUGCUGCCAGUGGCAUGUGUCUUCUCUUCAUGGCCAUUUUUGAGUCCGUUUGCAUUGCAUGGGUGUAUGGGGCUGAUCGUUUCUAUGACAAUAUUGAGGACAUGAUUGGAUACCGUCCAGGACCUAUGAUAAAGUAUUGUUGGAAGUUUUUCACUCCAGUGACCUGCAUUGGCACUUUUGCUUUCUCCUUAAUUAAGUAUACUCCUCUGAAGUACAAUAAUGAGUAUGUGUAUCCGUGGUGGGGUUAUAUGGUUGGCUGGCUUUUGGCUCUGUCCUCCAUGGUCUGCAUUCCACUCUGGAUGAUUUUCAAAAUCUGCACCACAGAAGGAACUCUGAGAGAGCGUAUUCAGAAGCUCACAAAAGCCUCCGAAGAUUUACCCAGAACAAGGAAAGAGCAGGAGAAAUUACUGGCUAUUUUUGCCCCAGAGGGUGAACAGACUAUGUCUUACAAAGCUGGCUAUGCUCCUGUCGGCAUGGAGGACUCUAAAUGCUAGUUUGGGGAUACAUGGGCACAACUUUAAGAAUUUUACAAGCCUCUUCAGUGGUUCCUCUGUUUGUGACGCUUUGCAUGCAGCAACAAGAUGGGAGUAAGACUAGACAAUUGAAUAUCGAAGGCUUUUAUUUUUCCAGUCAGGUGUUUCUGUGCUUUCUUCAUUUCUUUGACUUUUUAAAACCUCAUUAAUGCAUAGCAGUUUAAUACAUGAGUACAUUUUGGUACUAAUGCUGGGCCUAAUGUUUUUUUUUUCUUAAUGUGUUGAAGACUUCAUUCAUUUUUCUCACGUUGUAAAUGUAGCCUAAUGGUGCACAGGUAGAAUAAGCAAUUAUCCUUGUAAUGUACAUUUAUAUGUAAAAUGGAAAUUACAAGUUUGAUUAAAAAAUGUUUUAAAAUGUC